AUGUUUAAGUGUUCUCAAUGCAACAAAAUUGUUACCAAAAAGUCCCCAGGGAUCCAGUGUGACAAAUGCAGCAAGUGGACACACGGGGAAUGUGCUGCAAUCUCAGAAGAGCAACUUAACGUCUUAAAUAGUACCGACUUUGUUGAUUGGAAAUGCCAACUAAAAAGAAAUAAUCUCUGCAAGUUCGUGUGGUGUAACAAUGGUGUGAUAUUGGCAAGAAAACAUGAAACAAAUAAAAUACACCACAUUCGAUCUAGCAAUGAUGAAGAAAGAUUGGUGAAAUUAUUUAACACAAAAUGA